GAUAGUGAGUUCGGUGGAAAGAUUCAGUAAUCAACACAUUUUAGUUAAAAAUGACGACGGCUUCAAGACCCACGUUCGCCCCUGCUACUGGUGGCCAAGGUAGGGGAGAAACAUCACUCAGUUCAAUGAGUAAACAAUAUUCCAGUCGAGAUCUUGCAUCUCAUACCAAACUUAAAUACAGGGAUAUUGGUCAAGGAUCAUCGGAGGAAAUUAGAAACAAGGAUUUGAAGAGAGAUCUUGAAGAACGGGAGAAAUUUCACAAAGAUAAAGGUGAUAGAAAAGAUAGAACACUAAAGAAUGUUCCAUCAGUCACAUCUGCCCACAGAAAAUUUCGUGUUGAUUCCACCAGUAAUGGCUUAGAUACAGAUGACCCUAUUGAAGAUGAAAGUGAUGAUAGUAUUGAUGAGGAAGAAGAAGAUGAUACGGCUGAGUUAAUGGCUGAAUUGUUAAGAAUUAAAGCUGAACGAGCCUCUGACAUGGCCAAAAAAGAAAUGGAACUCAGACAAGAAGAAGAACGGAUAAGAAUGGAGAAUAUUUUAAGUGGUAAUCCAUUGUUAAAUUAUGCUGGGAAAGCUCAAAAAUCUGAUUUACGAGUAAAACGCCGAUGGGAUGAUGAUGUUGUCUUUAAAAACUGUUCCCGUGCUGAACCUGAACGAAAGGAAAUAACAUUUAUUAAUGAUUCCCUUCGUUCGGAAUUUCACAAAAAGUUCAUGGAUAAAUAUAUUAAGUAAUUAUAGUUUCUGUGCUGAUAAAAUACAUUUCCGACUUACAUA